CCAAUGGGUAACGGUGUUAGGCCGCCCGGAGUGUUCAGUGUGUUGCACCAGAAGGGCUGCGGAAGAUGGCGCUUAACUCGGCCCCAGCUCCGGAGCCAGAUCCGGACUGGAGUGCUGCGGUCCGCCCGCUCCUUGCCGCCUCCUAUUCCACCUUCGAGCCGCGGGACAUCUCUCAACUUUUCAGCUCCAUCAUUAAUAGUGAGAAGCAGAUUCUGCAUCAUGACAAACAAUAUGAACCCUUCUACUCUUCAUUUGUGGCUCUCUCUGCACAUUACAUCUCAACAGUCUGUGCACAGAUUCCUAGGAAUCAGCUGCUGUCUGUUGCAGCUGCGUGUAAAAUCCUGAUUGAAUUCUCAUUGAUGCGCCUUGAGAAUCCAGAUGAAGCAUGUGCUGUUUCACAGAAACACUUGAUCCUUUUGAUCAAGGGCCUUUGUACUGGUUGCAGCCGAUUGGACAGGACUGAGAUCAUUACAUUCACAGCAAUGAUGAAGUCAGCCAAACUUCCAAUGACCAUAAAGACUCUCUCAGAUGUGGAGGAUCAGAAAGACUCUGUCUCUCCAGUGACACCUGAACUCAGACAGAAAGAAGUGCAAAUGAAUUUUUUAAGCCAGUUAACUUCAGUAUUUGACCCAGAUGUGUCAGCCUCAUCUGCCCCUUCUCCAGUGGUUCAGGUGGUUGGUGAAAGUGAUGAACAAACUGGAACUGAUCAAGCAACUGUUGCCAAAAUGAAAAGUGCUUUUGUUGCACAGAACGUGUCCAGUUUACAAGCGCUGGGAGGCUCUGAGAAGUUGCUACGCGUCUGUUUAAACCUCCCCUACUUUCUGCGCUACAUCAACCGGUUCCAGGAUGCUGUCUCUGCCAAUUCCUUUUUCAUAAUGCCUGCGACAGUUGCAGAUGCAACUGCUGUGCGAAAUGGAUUCCAUUCCCUGGUUAUUGAUGUUACCAUGGCUUUAGACACACUCUCGCUGCCUGUUCUUGAGCCACUGACCCCUGCGAGGCUGCAAGAUGUGACUGUAUUGGCCCUGAGCUGCCUGUAUGCAGGAGUAAGUGUUGCAACAUGCAUGGCUAUUCUACAUGUGGGUAGCAGCCUGCAAGUACGAUCUGGGUCCACCAGUAAGGAAGAAGACUAUGAGAGUGAUGCAGCCACAAUUGUACAGAAAUGUCUGGAAAUCUAUGACAUGAUUGGCCAAGCAAUUAACAGCUCACGACGUGCAGGUGGUGAGCAUUAUCAGAAUUUCCAAUUAUUAGGGGCCUGGUGUUUGCUAAACAGCUUGUACCUGAUCCUGAACCUCAGUCCAACAGCACUGGCAGAAAAGGGGAAAGAAAAAGACCCAUUGGCUGCACUGCGAGUUCGUAACAUUGCUGCCCGUAUGAAGGAAGGAGCUGGAUCCCCCAAGCUAGCUCCUGUUAAAGGACAUCAAGGAUUUGGCGUCUUGUCUGUGGUUCUGGCAAAUCAUGCUAUCAAACUGUUGACAUCACUGUUUCAGGAUCUGCAAGUAGAAGCCCUUUACAGGGGCUGGAGAGGUGAUGGACCACCUGCAGAGCUAAAUAUCAUGGCACAGAGCUCAUCUAUUCAACGUGUGCAGAGACUGAUUGAAUCUGUUCCCCUCACCAACUUGCUCUUCACAUUGUUGUCAACAUCGUACAGAAAGGCUUGUGUUCUUCAACGCCAACGGAAGGGCUCUGUGAGUAGUGAUGUCAGUGCGUCCACUGAUUCAAACACCUACUAUGAAGAUGAUUUCAGCAGCACUGAAGAAGACAGUAGUCAAGAUGAUGAUAGUGAGCCAAUACUUGGCCAGUGGUUUGAGGAGACCAUCUCUCCCAGUAAGGAGAAAUCAGCACCACCCCCUCCACCGCCUCCACCUCCUUUGGAGAGUUCUCCACGCCUGAAGAGUCCAAAUAAGCAGUGUUCUGGAGAGAAUGGCAACAUACUGGCGAGUCGCAGAGACCCUGAGCUGUUUCUGAACCUGGCUUCAAGUAUUUUUAAUUUCAUUACAUCUUCAAUGCUAAAUUCGAGGAACAACUUUAUCCGGAAUUACCUGAGUGUUUCUCUCACUGAACAACACAUGAUGACAUUAGCCAGCAUCAUUAAAGAUGUGGACAAAGAUGGAAUGAAAGGGGCAUCCGAUGAGGAAUUUGCAGCUGCACUAUAUCACUUCAAUCAUUCUAUGGUCACCUCUGACCUUCCAUCCCCUGUCUUGCAAAACACAUUGCUGCAACAGCUGGGAAUUGCACCAUUCUCUGAGGGUCCGUGGCCAUUGUACAUCCAUUCACAGAGCCUCUCUGUGUUGUCACGCCUGUUGUUAAUCUGGCAGCACAAGGCCAGUGCACAGGGGGAGCCAGAUGUACCCGAGUGUAUGAAAAUCUGGGAAAGGUUUAUUGGAACAUUAAAGCAGAACAUAUUCCAUGGAGUAGUACCAACUGACUCAGAAGAUCUGAAUGUUGAGCACCUUCAGCUUCUACUACUAAUUUUCCAUAAUUUCUCGGAGAGUGGUCGUCGUUCUGUAGUUUUGAUGUGCAUACAGGUGAUUGUUGAAGUGGCAUCUAAAGCAGAAGCUCAGAUUCGGUGUGUGCCACUGACACUUGCCCGACUGUUGCUGGUUUUUGAAUAUCUCCUUCAGCAAUAUUCAAAAGUGCCAGUCUACCUAUUUGAACAGAUUCAAUAUAAUCUAUUAACCCCACCGACAUGUGGUGGUGCCAAUGCCACUGGCUCCCAAGAAUCUGGCCGACGCAUUCAAGUGCCACUUUAUCAUGGAUUUAAAGAGGUCGAAGAAAACUGGGUUAAACACAGUGGGACAGAUUCUACACCUCUGCCCAAAUUCUACAGCAUCCUUUCGCAUGAAACAUCCACUGAUGACAGAAGCAGAUUGGAUGAGAUGAUCUGUGAUGUUCUUUGUGCUGGUACUUUGAAGUAUGAUGACCUGUAUGCAUCACUGAUCUUGCUGUUAGCAGCUGGCUCACAGUUUGAUACACUCAGACGGGAAGAACACAAGAAUGCAACACCUCUGGAGGCAUGCUCCAUUCAGUACUACUUCUUGAUCUUAUGGAGGAUCCUGGGUAUUAUGCCUCCAUCAAAAGCCUAUGUUAACCAAGUGGCAAUGAGCACAACAGAACUGAGUGAAUGUGACAUCUUGCACACACUUCGAUGGUCAUCACGGCUUUGUAUCAGUUCCUAUGUAACCUGGAUCAAGGAUCACCUGGUACAACAGGGCAUGAAGCCAGACCAUGCUGGCUCACUGGUGGAACUGGCUGUUGCUAAAUGCAGUUCUGUGAAAUAUGAUGUGGAACUUGCAGAGGAGUAUGUUGCCAGACAGAUUUCUUCCUAUUGUGGAAUUGAUGCAAGUGCUAUUCUCCCACUCAGCCGUCUCCCAAAUCUGCAGACCAUUUAUACGCUUGAUGCGGUCAUUUCAAAGGUCCAGGUGUCUCUUGAUGAGUAUUUUUCCAAGGUGGCUGCAGAAACUGACUCCCACAAAACAUCUGAGAUUACAAAGAAUCUACUUCCUGCAACUCUUCAGCUGAUUAGCAUCUAUGCUGCAUUUACCAGAUCAUACCUGUUGAGGAGUCUGUGUGAGGAGGGCUCGACUGACAGUCCAACUGAGGAGAAGCUACAUGGUUAUGCAGCAGUACUAGCGAUUGGAUCUACCCGCUGCAAGACUAACUCUAUUGCUCAGUUAAUGGUACAGAACCUGCCAUCAUCUGUACAGACACUAUGUGAAACAUGGAACAAUAUCCAUACUAAUGAAUUCCCCAACAUUGGAUCCUGGCGAAAUGCAUUUGCAAAUGACACCAUUCCUGCAGAGAGCUACAUUAGUGCAAUCCAAGCUGCACACCUUGGUACAUUGUCCAACCAGAGUUUGCCACUAGCUGCCUGCUUGAAGCAUAUUCUCUUGUCAUUGGUCAGGCUCACAGGUGACCUUAUUGUGUGGUGUCCUGAUGAACUGAAUCCUGCACAAGUCAUCCACACACUGCUGCCAUUACUCUUGGAGAUAAGUACAGAAAGUGUGUCUGAAAUCAGUUCCACGUCAUUGGAACGGAUCCUCGGGCCAGCAGAAUCUGAUGAAUUUCUUGCGCGUAUCUAUGAAAGACUCAUCACAAGCUGCUAUAACAUAAUUGCUAACCACUCCGACCCCAACAGUGGCUUGGAUGAGACUAUCUUAGAGGAGUGUUUGCAAUACCUUGAGAAGCAGCUGGAGAGCAGCCAGGCACGCAAAGCCAUGGAGGAAUUCUUCUCUGAACGUGGGGAACUGGUGCAGAUCAUGAUGGCCACAGCCAACGAGAACCUUUCGGCUAAAUUCUGUAACAGAGUGCUCAAGUUUUUCACGAAGCUCUUCCAACUUGCGGAGAAGAGCCCAAACCCAAGCCUUCUGCAUUUGUGUGGCUCAUUUGCUCAGCUGGCUUGUGUUGAACACAGCCGAUUACAUGCCUGGUUAACAAGAAUGACUCAUGCACCUCCUAAAGACUCUGAUCAGCUGGACGUUGUACAAGAGAACAGACAACUCCUUCAGAUUUUGACUGCAUGUAUUGUUAGAGAAAACAGCCAAGUUGGUGAAGGUGUCUGUACUGUGUUACUCAACACACUUAUACCCAUGGCAACAGAAAUGUUGUCAAAUGGUGAUGGAACAGGAUUCCCUGAGCUAAUGGUUGUUAUGGCAACAUUGGCCAGCGCUGGACAGGGAGGAGGACACUUACAGCUUCACCGUGCAGCUGUAGACUGGUUAGGGAAAUGUAAGAAAUAUCUUUCCCAGAAGAAUGUCCUGGAGAAGGUGGGGGCAAAUGUAACCCAAGGGAAGCAUGUAGGAAUGCUGGACUGUGCCUGCCACAUCAUGUCAUACCUUGCUGAUGUCAUGAAUGCCAUGCGACAGAACAGUGGGCAGGGAUCAACACACCUGGUGGUGGAUGGUGAGGAAAGAGCAAUUGAGGUUGAUUCUGAUUGGGUGGAAGAUCUAGUUGUGGAAGAAGAGGACUCGCAAGCAGAGGAUUCGGAUGAAGAUUCUUUGUGUAACAAGCUCUGCACAUUCACAAUUACACAGAAGGAAUUCAUGAAUCAGCAUUGGUAUCACUGUCACACCUGUAAAAUGGUGGAAGGAGUAGGAGUUUGCACCAUUUGUGCUAAAGUCUGUCACAAAGAUCAUGAGAUUUCUUAUGCCAAGUACGGAUCAUUCUUCUGUGACUGUGGAGCAAAGGAAGAUGGAAGUUGUCAAGCUCUGGUAAAGCGGAGUCCAAGCAGUGGAAUCAGCUCUACUUUGAAGGAGUCCUCUGCCUUCCAGAAUGAGCCACGUGUCCCAGAAAGUGCCCUACGACACCAAAGCACUUCCCCAGCAGAUAAAUGCAAAGUGAUGAGUGCAGAUGGUAAGACCUCUGAAGACGACAAACCAAAGAAGAGUACUUUGUGCAAACAGAUCGAGGGUUGCAGGGAGGAGCUUCAGAUCCAAGUGUCUGGUUGUUCCACUGCUGGGUUAGUCCUCGAUAUGCUCGUCUUCCUGAUGGAUGCUAUCCAGACAAAUUUCCAGCAAGCCUCGGCGGUUGGCAGUAGCAGCCGCGCUCAGCAGGCAUUGGAUGAUCUACACACAAUGGAGAAGAACAUGGAAAUGACUGAUCAGCUGAUGGUUCCAACCCUGGGCUCACAGGAAGGUGCCUUUGAGAAUGUGCGGAUGAAUUACAGUGGGGAUCAAGGGCAGACAAUCCGUCAGCUAAUCAGUGCACACGUGCUGCGUCGGGUGGCAAUGUGCGUUCUUUCCUCUCCCCAUGGUCGUCGACAGCACCUGGCUGUUAGCCACGAGAAGGGAAAAAUCACCGUGCUGCAACUAUCAGCUUUACUCAAACAAGCUGAUUCAAGCAAGCGGAAAUUGACAUUGACUCGUCUAGCUUCAGCUCCAGUUCCUUUCACUGUUCUGAGUCUGACUGGAAACCCGUGUAAUGAGGAUUACCUUGCUGUGUGUGGACUCAAGGACUGUCAUGUUUUAACAUUCAGCAAUUCAGGAUCAGUCUCUGAUCACCUUGUUCUCCAUCCACAACUCGCCACUGGCAACUUCAUCAUUAAAGCAGUGUGGCUUCCAGGGUCACAGACAGAGCUUGCGAUUAUAACGGCAGACUUUGUCAAAGUUUAUGACUUGUCCACUGAUGCCUUGAGUCCAAUGUACUAUUUUCUUCUGCCGAGCUCCAAGAUCCGUGACACAACAUUUUUGUUCAGUGAGGAAGGGAAGAGUAUUAUUGUUAUCAUGUCUUCAGCUGGUUAUAUUUACACUCAAGUGAUGGAAGAAGCAAGCAGUGCUCAACAUGGACCAUUCUACGUCACUAAUGUACUUGAAAUCAUGCAUGAAGAUCUGAAGGACAGUAAUGGGCAGGUUGCAGGUGGUGGUGUCUCUGUUUAUUACUCUCAUGUUCUACAGAUGCUGUUUUUUAGUUACAGUCAGGGCAAGUCCUUUGCUGCCAUGUUAAGUCGUACAUCACUGGAAGUGCAGCGGCUGUUCCCAAUCAAUCUGAAAAGUUCAAAUGGUGGUAGUGGGAAAACUGUUCCUGCCCUGUGCCAGUGGUCAGAAGUGAUGAAUCAUCCUGGCUUGGUCUGUUGUGUCCAGCAAACCACUGGAAUUCCACUUGUCAUCAUGGUCAAACCAGACACCUUCCUUAUCCAGGAGAUCAAAACUCUACCAGCAAAAGCCAAGAUCCAGGAUAUGGUUGCAAUUCGCCACACAGCCAGCAAUGACCAGCAAAGAACCACUAUGAUACUCCUGUGUGAAGACGGCAGCCUGCGGAUCUACAUGGCAAAUGUUGAGAACACUUCUUAUUGGCUACAGCCUUCGCUGCAACCCAGCAGUGUAAUCAGCAUCUUGAAACCAGUACGCAAACGCAAGGCUGCAGCUGCCACAACUCGCACCACCAGCCAAGUCACGUUUCCAAUUGAUUUCUUUGAACACAACCAGCAGCUGACUGACAUUGAGUUUGGAGGAAAUGACUUACUACAGGUGUACAACAUGCAACAAAUUAAACAUCGGCUGAACUCCACUGGCAUGUAUGUCGCCAGCACAAAGCCGGGUGGAUUUACAGUGGAAGGUGUCAACAACAAUGCCACUAUGGUAAUGACGGGGAUGCGAAUCCAGGUUGGGACACAGGCCAUUGAGAGAGCACCAUCCUAUAUUGAAAUCUUUGGUCGCACAAUGCAGUUGAACUUGACAAGAGCUCGUUGGUUUGACUAUCCAUUUACGCGUGAAGAAGCGCUGCAGGCUGAUAAGAAGCUAACCAUUUUUGUUGGUGCAUCAGUUGAUCCCGCUGGGGUAACAAUGGUAGAUUCAAUAAAAAUCUAUGGGAAAACAAAAGAGCAAUUUGGCUGGCCCGAUGAACCUCCAGAGGAUUUCCCAUCAGCCUCUGUAAAUAAUGUUGCUGUUCCAAGUGUCAGCCAGAAUAACAGCACAGGGGAGGUGGACUCAGCCACUCCAUCCUCCACCAGUGGUUCUGUCCUCGAGAGUUCUCACGUGGUUUUCUUUUCUGUUGUUCCUGAAAGUUGUGAAACUGAAUCCCUAAGCUCCUUAGACCGGCUGGUGGUGAGCUCAAUGGAAGUGCUGGAAAGCUGCUUUGCUGUUGGAUCUCCAACAGAAAAGGAAAAGAAUAAGCAGACAGCUUUGGAGCUGGCUACUACUUUGCUGUCGAUGCCAACUCCAUCUACUGUUCAACAGCAAACCAAGGGUCUGCUGGCAAGCUUGCACAACAGUCGUGGCAGUUAUCAUAAUCACAAGGAUCAGGCUUUGCUGAACAAUGCUGUACAGAUUCUGAAUACCUGGAGCAAGGAUGGUCGUGACCUUGAUCCAGAAGUGUUCCAACGACUAAUAAUCACAGCGCGUUCCAUUGCGAUGAUGCGACCUAAUAACCUCGUGCACUUUACAGAGGUGAAAACACCACAAACUGAUAAAGAAGGAAUGGAUGAAAGAGAUCAAGUCCACAGGAGUGCAGAGGUCGAGGGCUGCAGUUUUAUUAUGCAGUUAGUCAGUCAUUUCUGGAGGCUCCAUGCUUCCAAACCUAAGAAUGCAUUUCUGGCACCUGCUUGUUUGCCUGGCCUGACUCAUAUUGAGGCAACAGUGAAUGCACUAAUUGACAUUAUUCAUGGGUAUUGCACCUGUGAGCUAGAUUACAUCAACACUGCUGCAAAGGUUUAUAUGCAAAUGCUGCUAUGUCCUGACCAGUCAGUGAGUUUUGCCUGUAAGCAAGCACUUAUUCGUGUAUUAAGACCACGGAGCAAACGUAGACAUGUGACACUGCCCUCCCCUCCUCGCAGCAACACCCCAAUGGGUGAUAAAGAUGAUGAUGACGAUGAUGAUGCUGAGGAUAAAAUGCAACCAUCUGGAAUGGCAGGCAGUGAAAAUAUUCGUCAAGAAAGUCAGGAUCAGAGUGAAGUAGAUCAUGGAGACUUUGAGAUGGUGUCUGAAUCUAUGGUUUUGGAGUCGGCUGAAAAUGUAACUAAUGGAAACCCUUCUCCUCUGGAGGCACUGCUUGCAGGAGCAGAGGGCUUCCCGCCAAUGCUGGAUAUCCCUCCGGAUGCUGAUGAUGAGACAAUGGUGGAACUGGCAAUUGCUCUUAGCCUGCAGCAAGAUCAGCAAGGUAGCAGCAGUAGUGCACUGGGUCUACAGAGUCUGGGACUAUCUGGACAAGCACCCAGUUCCUCUUCAUUAGAUGCAGGCACAUUGUCUGAUACCACAGCCUCAGCCGUUGCUAUGCUUUUAGCUCCAGCCUCUGAUGAUGAAGGGAGCACAGCAGCAACAGAUGGAUCAACGCUGCGAACAUCACCUGCGGAACAUGGUGGCAGUGUGGGUUCGGAAAGUGGGGGCAGUGCUGUUGACUCUGUUGCUGGAGAACACAGUGUGUCUGGACGUAGCAGUGCAUACGGCGAUACAACAGUUGAGGGGCAUCCUGCUGGACCAGGCAGCGUCAGCUCCAGUACAGGAGCCAUUAGUACUACCACUGGACAGCAAGAAGGUGAAGGGUCUGAAGGAGAAGGUGAAACAGAAGGUGACCUACACACAAGCAACAGCAGGCUCCACAUGGUCCGGUUAAUGCUGCUCGAGAGACUUUUGCAGCAUCUGCCACAGCUCCGUCACGUAGGUGGAGUUCGAGCCAUCCCUUACAUGCAGGUAAUCCUAAUGCUGACUGCUGAUCUGGAUGGAGAAGAUGAAAAAGAUAAAGGAGCCUUGGACAACCUCCUGUCCCAACUCAUUUCAGAGUUGUGUAUGGACAAGAAGGAUGUUUCUAAGAAGAAUGAUCGCAGCCCGCUGAAUGAAGUGCACCUGGUGAUCAUGAGACUUCUCAGUGUUUUUAUGUCCCGAACUAAAUCAAGCUCAAAAUCUGCCUCUGAGGCUUCCUCAUUAAUCUCCAAUGCAACAGCCACUGCAUUGUUAAGUUCAGGUGCCAUUGACUAUUGCCUCCACGUUCUUAAGUCACUGCUGGAUUACUGGAAAACACAGCAAGGUGAAGAAGAAGCUGUGGUAACGAGUCAGCUCCUGAAACCACAUACUUCUUCUUCGCCUCCAGACAUGAGCCCAUUCUUCCUGCGACAGUAUGUAAAGGGUCACGCUGCAGAUGUGUUUGAGGCAUACUCACAGCUCUUGACUGAAAUGGUGCUGAGAUUACCGUACCAAAUAAAGAAGAUCGCUGAUGCAAACUCUCGGAUUCCACCGCCAAUCUUUGACCAUUCUUGGUUCUACUUCCUGUCUGAAUAUCUAAUGAUCCAGCAGACGCCUUUUGUUCGUCGUCAAGUUCGCAAACUCUUACUGUUCAUUUGUGGAUCAAAAGAAAAGUACCGUCAGCUCCGAGAUCUACACACACUUGACUCUCACGUUAGAGGAAUUAAAAAACUGCUGGAGGAGCAGGGAAUCCAUUUGCGUGGUGGUGUGGUCACAGCAUCCUCAGGAUCUGCACUGCAAUAUGACACACUCAUUAGCUUGAUGGAGCAUCUAAAGGCAUGUGCAGAGAUCGCCAGUCAACGGACAGUAAACUGGCAAAAGUUCAGCCUCAAGGAUGAUUCUGUUUUAUAUUUCUUACUCCAGGUUAGUUUUCUUGUGGAUGAAGGAGUCUCCCCAGUUCUCCUCCAAUUGCUUUCCUGUGCACUCUGUGGCAGUAAAGUGCUCUCUACAACAUCGUCCGGCAGCACAGGGGGCACUGGAACAACUGCAGCUUCCUCCAGCUCAGGACAGUCUGGGUCCAAAUCUUCCAGCAAAAAGAGCAAGAAAGAGGAGCGAGAGAAGGAUGAGAGCACAAGCAGUCAGGAAGAUCAGCUCUGCACAGCUUUGGUCAAUCAACUGAAUAAGUUUGCUGACAAAGAAACUUUGAUUCAGUUUUUACGAUGUUUCCUGCUGGAAUCGAAUUCCUCAUCUGUGCGUUGGCAGGCUCACUGUCUUACUCUACACAUCUACAGGAGUUCUGGCAAAUCGCAACAGGAGCUGUUACUGGACUUGAUGUGGUCAAUUUGGCCAGAGCUCCCAGCUUAUGGACGCAAAGCUGCACAGUUUGUGGAUCUUCUGGGGUACUUCUCACUGAAGACUCCACAGACUGAAAAAAAGCUGAAAGAAUACUCUCACAAGGCAGUGGAGAUUCUUCGUACUCAGAACCAUAUUCUCACCAACCACCCCAACUCCAACAUUUAUAAUAUGCUGUCUGGUCUAGUUGAGUUUGAUGGAUACUACCUAGAGAGUGAUCCCUGUCUUGUCUGUAAUAACCCUGAGGUGCCAUUCACAAAUAUUAAGCUUUCAUCAAUCAAAGUAGACACACGCUACACAACUACACAGCAAGUGGUGAAACUGAUUGGCAGUCACACCAUCAGCAAAGUGACUGUGAAGAUUGGAGAUCUGAAACGCACUAAGAUGGUUCGCACCAUUAAUCUAUAUUACAACAACAGAACAGUGCAGGCUAUUGUAGAACUGAAAAACAAGCCCGCUCGUUGGCACAAAGCUAAAAAGGUUCAGCUAACACCAGGUCAGACUGAAGUGAAGAUUGAUCUCCCACUCCCCAUUGUAGCAUCCAACCUCAUGAUUGAGUUUGCUGACUUUUAUGAGAAUUACCAAGCAUCAACCGAGACCUUGCAGUGUCCACGUUGCAGUGCAUCCGUUCCUGCCAAUCCAGGUGUUUGUGGUAACUGUGGGGAGAAUGUAUACCAGUGCCACAAAUGCAGGUCUAUUAAUUAUGAUGAGAAAGAUCCUUUCCUAUGCAAUGCCUGUGGAUUCUGCAAAUAUGCACGGUUUGAUUUCAUGCUGUAUGCCAAACCAUGCUGUGCAGUGGACCCAAUUGAAAAUGAGGAGGACAGAAAGAAGGCGGUGACAAACAUAAACACUCUGUUGGAUAAAGCUGACCGUGUUUAUCAUCAGCUGAUGGGACACAGGCCACAGCUUGAAACUUUGUUGGUGAAAGUUAGUGAGGCAGCUCCUGAGAAACCACAGGAUGAUUCCAGUGGUGUUGCUGGAAUCAGCUCAACUGCAGCAAGUGUGAAUCGCUACAUCCAGCAACUGGCUCAGGAAUAUUGUGGCGAUUGCAAGACGUCCUUCGAUGAGUUGUCCAAAAUUAUUCAGAAAGUGCUGGCUUCACGGAAGGAGCUGCUGGAAUAUGAUCUUCAUCAACGAGAAGCUGCAACAAAGUCAUCACGAUCAUCAACUCAGCCCACGUUCACAGCCAGUCAAUAUCGAGCUCUGUCUGUCCUUGGCUGUGGUCACACCUCUUCAACAAAGUGUUAUGGCUGUGCCUCAGCUGUUACUGAGCAUUGUAUAACAUUGCUUCGUGCCCUCGCUACCAACAACACAAUACGGCAGAUUCUGGUUUCCCAGGGACUUAUCAGAGAGCUGUUUGAUUAUAAUCUGCGGCGUGGUACUGCUUCAAUGAGAGAGGAAGUCCGACAACUGAUGUGCUUGUUAACAAGAGAUAAUGCAGAUGCAACACAACAAAUGAAUGACCUAAUCAUUGCCAAGGUUUCAACUGCACUUAAAGGACACUGGGCCAACCCUGAUCUGGCCAGCAGUCUUCAGUAUGAAAUGCUGUUACUGACUGAUUCAAUUUCGAAGGAAGAUGCAUGCUGGGAGUUGCGACUUCGAUGUGCUCUGAGCCUGUAUCUGAUGGCUGUGAAUAUUAAGACCCCAGUGGUUGUUGAGAACAUCACACUGAUGUGCCUGCGAAUUCUUCAACGGCUGAUUAAACCACCUGCUCCAACUAGCAAGAAAAACAAGGAUAUCUCAGUUGAUACACUUACAACUGUUAAACCCUAUAGUAAUGAAAUACAUGCACAGGCCCAAGCUUGGCUCAAGAAGGAUCCCAAAGCAUCAUAUGAGGCAUGGAAGAAAUGUUUGCCUGCCAGAGCUUUGGACAACGAAGGCAAAACACAAAGUAAAACAGAGCUGCGGCAACUCUAUCUGAUGGAGAAAUAUGCAUGGAAGUGGAAGCAGUUCCUAAGCAAACGUGGAAAGAGGAAUUCACCUUUGGACCUCAAACUAGGACACAAUAAUUGGCUGAGACAGGUACUGUUCACUCCUGCAACACAAGCUGCACGUCAGGCUGCCUGUACUAUUGUGGAAGCACUUACUACCAUUCCAAGCCGCAAGCAACAAGUCCUUGAUCUCCUGACCAGUUACCUGGAUGAACUAAGUGUUGCUGGAGAAUGUGCAGCAGAGUAUCUUGCACUCUAUCAGAAACUCAUCAAACCAGCUCAUUGGAAGAUCUACCUGGCCGCUCGAGGAGUGCUGCCGUACAUCGGAAACCUGAUCACAAAGGAAAUUGCCCAUUUACUGGCACUAGAAGAGGCAACACUUAGUACUGACCUUCAGCAGGGAUAUGCUUUAAAAAGCCUGACAGGUCUGCUUUCAUCUUUUGUGGAGGUAGAAUCAAUAAAACGUCACUUCAAGAGUCGCUUGGUGGGCACUGUCCUGAAUGGCUACUUGUGCCUGCGAAAACUAGUGGUUCAGCGGACAAAACUGAUUGAUGAGACACAAGACAUGUUGCUUGAGAUGUUAGAAGACAUGACGACAGGUACAGAGUCUGAAACAAAGGCAUUCAUGGCUGUCUGUAUUGAGACUGCUAAACGAUACAGCCUUGAUGAUUACCGAACACCAGUAUUCAUCUUUGAAAGGCUGUGCAGCAUCAUCUACCCGGAGGAAAAUGAAGUGACUGAGUUCUUCGUGACAUUGGAGAAGGAUCCACAACAAGAAGACUUCUUACAGGGCAGGAUGCCUGGAAAUCCCUACAGCAGCAGUGAGCCUGGAAUUGGACCACUAAUGAGAGACAUUAAAAAUAAGAUUUGUCAGGAUUGUGACCUUGUAGCACUGCUAGAAGAUGACAGUGGGAUGGAGCUCCUGGUUAACAACAAAAUAAUCAGUUUGGACCUUCCAGUGGCUGAAGUAUACAAGAAGGUCUGGUGUCCAGCCAAUGAGGGGGAGCCAAUGCGUAUAAUCUAUCGAAUGCGAGGACUUCUUGGUGAUGCAACUGAGGAGUUUAUUGAAUCAUUAGAUUCGACCACAGAUGAAGAGGAGGAUGAAGAGGAGGUGUAUAAAAUGGCAGGUGUGAUGGCUCAGUGUGGUGGUCUUGAGUGUAUGCUAACUCGAUUGGCUGGAAUCAAAGAUUUCAAGCAGGGACGACACCUUUUAACUGUGCUUCUGAAGCUGUUCAGUUACUGCGUAAAGGUGAAGGUGAAUCGACAACAAUUGAUUAAACCAGAGAUGAACCCGCUGAAUGUAAUGCUGGGAACACUGAACCUAGCGCUGCUGGCAGAACAGGAGAGUAAAGACAGUGGCGGUGCAACAAUUGCUGAGCAAGUGCUCAGCAUCAUGGAGAUAGUUCUAGAUGAAGCAAAUGCAGAACCACUGACUGAGGACAGAGGUAACUUGCUGCUGACAGGAGACAAAGAUCAGCUGGUGAUGCUGUUGGACCAGAUCAAUUCAACAUUUGUCCGUUCCAAUCCCAGUGUUCUCCAGGGUUUGCUACGUAUUAUCCCAUACUUGUCCUUUGGGGAAUUGGAGAAAAUGCAGAUUCUUGUUGAUCGAUUCAAACCCUACUGUAAUUUUGACAAAUAUGAUGAAGAGCAUAACACUGAUGAUAAGGUUUUCCUGGAUUGUUUCUGUAAAAUAGCUGCAGGAAUCAAAAACAACAGCAAUGGACAUCAGCUAAAGGAACUUAUCCUGCAGAAAGGAAUAACCCAAAAUGCUUUAGAAUACAUCCGGAAACACAUCCCAAGUGCCAAGAACCUUGAUGCAGAUGUGUGGAAGAAGUUCUUAUCAAAACCAGCUCUUCCUUUUAUUCUCCGCCUACUACGUGGACUGGCUAUGCAGCACCCUCCCACACAAAUGUUAAUUGGAACAGACUCCAUCACAAACUUACAUAAACUGGAGCAGGUUUCCAGUGAUGAAGGCAUUGGGACGCUUGCAGAAAACUUACUGGAGGCACUGCGAGAACAUCCAGAAGUCAACAGGAAAAUUGAAGCAGCCCGAAAAGAGACCCGAGCAGAAAAGAAACGGAUGGCAAUGGCUAUGCGGCAAAAAGCAUUGGGCACACUUGGAAUGACGACUAAUGAGAAAGGUCAGGUGGUCACCACAACAACGUUACUGAAGCAGAUGGAGGAACUUAUUGAGGAACCAGGUUUGACUUGCUGCAUUUGUCGUGAGGGUUAUAAAUUUCAGCCAACCAAAGUGUUAGGAAUUUAUACCUUCACAAAACGAGUUGCCAUUGAAGAGUUUGAGAACAAACCACGAAAACAGCAGGGAUAUAGCACAGUCUCGCAUUUUAAUAUUGUUCACUACGAUUGUCACCUUGCUGCAGUCAGGCUGGCACGUGGUCGGGAGGAAUGGGAAAGUGCUGCGUUACAAAAUGCAAAUACCAAGUGUAAUGGAUUGCUACCUGUGUGGGGCCCACAAGUACCCGAAUCAGCAUUUGCCACAUGUCUGGCAAGGCACAAUACGUACUUGCAAGAAUGCACAGGCCAACGUGAACCCACCUACCAGCUGAACAUUCAUGAUAUUAAGCUACUCUUCCUACGUUUUGCAAUGGAACAAUCAUUUAGUGUUGACACUGGUGGAGGAGGCAGAGAAAGUAACAUCCAUCUCAUCCCGUAUAUAAUGCAUACAGUCCUUUAUGUUCUUAAUACGACCCGGGCAACAUCCCGAGAGGAGAAAAACCUACAGAGUUUCCUGGAACAGCCAAAAGAGAAAUGGGUUGAAAAUGCUUACGAGGUUGAUGGAGCACACUAUUUUACCGUCCUGGCAUUACACAUUUUCCCCCCUGAGAAAUGGAAAAUGACCCGUCUUGAUUUUCUAAAACGUCUCUUGGUCACAACUCAAGCAAGGAAAGCAUCACCAAGUGGCUGCAACAAACUGUCUGACAAAUCUGUGAAGGAAUACGUUGUGUACCGCCCUGUGCUGCUCUGCUGGGGAUUAGUGGAUCUUAUGUAUGGAAUAUUUAAGAAAGUUCCUACAAGUAACACAGAGGGUGGCUGGUCCUACUCUCUUGCUGAAUACAUCCGACACAAUGAUAUGCCGAUCUAUGAGGCAACAGACAGAUCUCUCAAAACUUUCCAGGAUGAAUUCAUGCCUGCCGAGUCAUUUGCUGAAUUUCUAGAUGUUGCAGGUCUCUUAACAGAAGUUGAAGAUCCUGACAACUUCCUAAAAGAUCUUCUUAAUUCAGUGCCCUAAAAUGUUCCAAACUCAUCUUCUCAAAAACAAGGCUGAUAUUUAACUGUAAUUUUAGAAAUAUUAUAUUUGCAUUUUGACUCUUCCAAAGCAGUUGAAAUUAUUUUUGCCUCAGUUCUGCAGCAACUGCUUCUUUUUGUGUGUGAAACAUUCUGGAUUUAAGAUUUUAACGUACGCGUGUACAGAGGAAUAAUACUGGAAUUGUCAUUUAACCUGACUGCAUGGAGUACAUUUGGUUUACUUUCUUAUUUUGUUCCUGUAUUCGGUAUUUCACAGUAAUAUGUUAUGUAUUUAAAUGUUGUGUUAAAGCUCUAGUUCACUAUUACUUCCAAUAAAGUUAAAUCAUGAUCCUUCUUGA